AUGGAGGGCCGGGAUUCCUCCAUUUCCAUCUCCAACUUUGUAUUCAGAGACCUGACGGAUGAAGGUGAGGUUAUAUCUGUGACCAGUGCUACAUAUGGACGCAGUGACCAGAACACGUGCAUUACUGGAUCACUCCCCAGCCAGAUAACCAACGUCCAAUGCUCCAACAGCUCAAAUAAAGUUGCUCAGAGCUGCAACGGAAAGCAGAACUGUUCUAUCACAGCAGAAAACUCUGUGUUUGGAGAUCCCUGCGUGGGAACCUACAAGUACCUGGAGGUGGAGUACAGCUGUGAAUGUAAGUGAAGGUGGAAACACUUGGAUUAGUCAAAGUUAGGGAUGCUAACAAUUAAUCAACUCAUCUUUCU